AUGAGUGGCGCCAGCGGCUCAAACGCUGAACUUGCAUCGGAUAGCGUUGUGGAGAGGUUUAUCGAAGCCAUAAAACAACACCCCUGCGUGUACGACACUAAGCGACUCGAUUUCAGGGACCAACAGCGCAAAGAGAACGCGUGGGAACAGAUACGGCACAGCAGCGGUCUCUCUACAGUUGAAGAAUGCCACAAGUUGUGGAAGAAGCUCCGAGAUCGCUUUACCCGUGAACUCGAAGCAGUCGAGCUCGCAACGAGGAGCGGCAGCGCCUACGUCGCGAGGCAGACGUGGGAGUUUGCCGAUGCAAUGAGCUUUUACAAGAACUGUGGUCGUCCCAGAAAGACUACCUGCAACGUGGGGUCAGGUGCCGUGCCAAGAGGUGAUGACAGCGCCUCAACAGCAGAAGAAAUCUUUAACGCAAUACAAGGCAAUUCGUCAGCACCAUCGCCCAUCGCCAAUGCUGAUGACUUGGAGCCUGCAGCAGCUAGUCCUGGUCAACCUGCCAGUCAGGAAGACUUCACAGUGAGCGAGCCACCAUCAAAACGGUCAAAGAAAGGAAGGAGUUGCGACUACUUCGAGGAACGGCUCCUUUCACAGCUCGGCAAACACACCACAGAGAACGAGGCUUUCGGGCAGUCUAUUGCCAUGAGCCUUGACAGGAGGCCAACGAGAACUGCCUCUCGCUUUAAGGUUAAAAUAACGGAACUCUUAGCAGAAUUUGACCAGUAUGAGGCUUAA